AUGGUAAAAGCUCGACAAUAUGUCGUGAAGAAAUAUUUUGAAGGUGUGCCAAAGAGAGACGAUUUUGAAAUAGAAGAGUACGAGCUUCCGUCGCUUAAAAAUGGAGAAAUACUCGUCAAAACAGAAUGGGUGGGUAUUGAACCCUACCAAAGAGCAUACAAUAGAAGGUUUCCAAUUCCAUUUAAACAAUUUAGUAUUCAAGUUGGGCUGGUUGUUGACUCCAAAGAUCCUCAAUUUCCGAUAGGAUCUAGAGUAAUAUCACAUGAAGGUUGGUGUGACUAUAGUGUUAUAAAAACAGACGCACGUGAUGAUAAAUUUGAUAUUCAAGUUAGCCUUUUACCUGAUUUAAAAGGACUCCCACCUACCUUUGCACUUGGAGUAGUAGGUAUGUUGGGGGCUACGGCGUACUUCGGUCUUCUCGAAAUAUGUCAGCCCAAAGUCGGUGAAACCAUUGUUGUGACUGGGGCUGCGGGCGCUGUUGGAUCACUAGUGGGUCAAAUCGCUAAACUAAAAGGCUGCCGAGUUAUUGGUUUUGCAGGUUCGGAUGAAAAAACUGAAUGGUUGGAGAAAGAAUUAGGAUUUGACGUAGCUUUAAAUUACAAAAAGGUAGAUAUACACAAAGAACUUCGGAAAGCUGCACCAAAUGGUGUAGACUGCUACUUCGAUAAUGUUGGAGGGGAAAUUAGUAGUAUUAUUAUGAACCAUAUGAAUGAAUUCGGAAGAGUGUGUGUAUGUGGAAGCAUUAGUGUUUAUAAUGAAGAUUAUACGAAACUACCAAAAGCCACUGUAACACAGUUUGAUAUAGUGAUGAAGCAAAUAAAAGUUGAGGGAAUUUUAGUAACACGAUGGAAAAGUCGAAUGUCAGAAGCCUUUACUGAUAUCGUUCAAUGGAUUAAAUCUGGAGACAUCAAAGUCCGAGAACAUGUGAUAGAAGGUUUUGACAAUAUUUACGAUGCUUUUUUAGGAAUGCUGGCAGGCGAAAAUAUUGGUAAAACAAUAGUAAAAGUUUAA